GCACUGUACUCCAGAAAACCAGGCACUGGUAUGGGGAAGAGCAACAUGUUGCGCACUUUAGUUUUCAGUUGCUCUGCAUGCACACUCAUUUUCUAUUUCUAUUUUCUUGGCUGCCGAAGACUUUUAAUCCAUAAGUCUCACGUUGUGUAAGGAAGCAAUUGAUCCUGGACUACAUUAAAGCAACUACUCUACAAGAGGACAGCACAAUCUGGGCCUAUAGCUUAACAUAGCCAGCAGUUUUAUCCUUUUAUGACACUGGACAGAAUGACAAGGUAUUUCACACUGUGGGUAUUUUGUGGCACAAUGUGCCCCCUUCUGCUGGCUGUAGGGGCAUUUGAGUGCUCAGAGAAGGAAAAGUUGCUAAAACUGAUCCCCAGCACGGUGACACAGCUAACAGACUGUUUAAUGGAGUGCACUGGGAUGACGUACAUCAGAAAAUUGCAACUUCAGGAUAAUCGUAACAUACGGCUUAAAGAUUCCAUAGAAGGAGACCCCGGAGAAUACUGUUGGUCUAUGGAGCUCAAGUGCACUAUUGGAGAGAGUUUUCAGCAAGCCUAUGUGGUGUUGCCUGUGGAUAUAUCUUCAGUUGGACCUGAGAUCCUGGAAGUAAAAGCCACUGCCCCCACUGCCACCACAAUGCAUGCACACAACAGCCCCACCACAAUCGCAGAGAACUGUGGCCUUCAGUACGAUGUCACUCAGCACUUCAGCACAGAGAGGAUGGGGGCUUCAUUCUGCGUACAAGUUGUCACCCAGGAAGAUGUCAUGGGGGACAAAGUUCUUAAAUGUCNNUCACCUUCUGGCAGAGAAAUCCAAAUCAGUCCAACCAAGACGGUGGAGGAUAAAAUCUCAGUGAUGGAAAAAGCACUCAGAUCUUUUACUUAAGUAAAAGUACCACAAUGUAAAAAUAAUAUUAGAUAUUAUAACAUUAGAUAAGUCAUGCAUUAAUGCAUAAGCUUUUUAUUGUGGUAGUUGGUUGAGGUGCAGCUAAUUUUUAAUUAUUUUGUAUAAGGCUGCAACUAGAAAAUGGAAAUACUCAAUACAACACAAGUCCUGCUUGUAUUAUAACUAUAACACAUAAAGUAACGUGUAACUAAUUCAUAGUUAUAUACCACUGGCUUACACAUUUACUAAUUUGGCUUUAUUUUCUUUCUUUGCUCUCAUUUAACUCUAUUACCAGCAAUGAUAGCACAAUGAAACCUUCAGUGAUUUAUUCAAAAGCAACCAGAGUGAUGAAAAAGUUCUCAGAUAAAUUAUGUAAAUAUGAUCUGUUAAUUGUUGUAAGUUUUAUAGCAAUAUUAAAAGGUUUUAUUUUCCUUUUUCACCCAUGUGUUUGACUAUUGAAACAUUAAAAGAUAUUAUUGUAACCUUAUAUAGAACAAGAACAUAAUGCAAACCAAAUUCCUGUUACAGUUAACUGCAAAACAGAUUAAGUAUACACUUACAUCCUGGUCAUCCUGUAUGUGUUUGUCUGCACUGUAACAAAAUUUCUUGUUAAAUUACAGUAAACUACUGGCAGCUACAGUUGCUAGCUUGAAA